AUGAAUCGAAGACAUAAUUCUUCGUCAUCGAAAAAUAAUUUUGUUCGAAUAUUUGAAGUUGGUCCUCGUGAUGGUUUGCAAAACGAAAAAGUUCAAGUACCGACGCCGAUCAAAGUUGAAUUUAUCAAUCGUUUAAGUCGAACCGGUCUGAAGCUUAUCGAAGUUACUAGUUUUGUUUCACCUAAAUGGGUACCACAAAUGGGUGAUCAUGUUGAAGUACUUGCUGCGAUUGAUCGAAUACCUGGUAUUCGCUAUUCAGCAUUGACACCAAAUGUGCAAGGCAUAAAUAAAGUUCUUUCGUUGGGAAACAAAGGUGCUGAUGAAAUAGCAAUUUUCUCGGCUGCAUCGGAAUCAUUCUCAAAGAAAAAUAUCAACUGUUCAAUUGAAACAUCUUUACAACGCUUCAAUGAAGUUACACAGAUUGCAAAUCAGAAAAAUCUACCUGUUCGUGGAUAUGUAUCUUGUGUAGUUGGCUGUCCGUAUGAAGGCAAAAUUAAGCCAUCACAAGUCAUACCGGUUGUACAGAAAUUACUUGAUAUGGGAUGUUAUGAAAUCUCUUUGGGCGAUACGAUUGGUGUUGGUACACCGAAAUCUAUUAAAGAAUUGCUUCAAGCAAUACAGUCAAGUGGCAUUUCAGCCAGUAAAUUAGCUAUUCAUUGUCAUGAUACAUAUGGACAAGCUAUUGCUAAUAUAGCUCAAGCAUUGGAUAUGGGUAUACGUUGUUAUGAAAUCUCUUUGGGCGAUACGAUUGGUGUUGGUACACCGAAAUCUAUUAAAGAAUUGCUUCAAGCAAUACAGUCAAGUGGCAUUUCAGCCAGUAAAUUAGCUAUUCAUUGUCAUGAUACAUAUGGACAAGCUAUUGCUAAUAUAGCUCAAGCAUUGGAUAUGGGUAUACGUUGUGUAGAUUCAAGUGUAGCAGGUCUUGGUGGUUGUCCGUAUGCUAAAGGUGCAUCAGGGAAUGUAGCAACAGAAGAUGUUCUAUAUCUGUUAGAAGGACUUGGAUAUGAAACAGGUGUCGAUCUUAAUCGAUUGAUUGAUGCUGGUCAAUUUAUUACAGAUGUAUUGAACCGAGAGAAUACAUCUAAAGUUGCUCGAGCCAUUUUAUGUAAACGACAAGAUGACACAAAAACAACACCAAAGAAUAGUACCACAAAAUAA